CCCUCCGGGUUCUUCACAUCCCAAAUCGAAUCUCGAUUACUAAUCUCGGAAUUUAUAUCCAUUAACAGACAUAUAAUAUAAAUGGCAGACAACAGCCAACAGAUGAGCUUCCAAGCUGGCCAGGCCACAGGCCAGACCCAGGAGAAGGCGAGAGGUAUGAUGGACAGGGCAAAGGAUGCUGCUCAGUCCGCUCGACAAUCCAUGCAACAGGCGGGUCAGCAGAUGAAGGAGAAGGCCCAAGGAGCUGCUGAUGCCAUGAAGGACAAAACCGGCAUCAACAAGAACAACUAAAUCAUAUAUCCCUUUUUUUUUUUUUUGGAUUUUAAUUUCUUUUUAUUAAAUAAAAUGGGAUUCUAUAUUUUCUUUCUCCUCUUUGAUAUUUUAUUUCUCUUCUUGUUUUAGAUUUCCUUUUCUCUUUAAUGCUUCAUGUAAUUCCAUAAGAAACCGAUUCUCCCAUUACUUACCAGAUUUUCUCUCA